CAACGCCAACAAGCGCAGAACAACAAUCUAAUAACAAUACCCUAGUAAUAAUAGCAGAAAUAUUAGGCACAAUAUUAGCAAUACUAACUGUAGUAGUAACAAUACUUACAAUUUGUUAUAAAAGACAAAGGCAACGAAAAAGACAAUAUCGUGCACAAUUAGACAUACCACCUGAAGGAGCACAAAUAGCUCAAGGUUUACCAAACAAUCCGCUUACGCAACCAAUUCAAUCAUUAUCUGAAAGAAAUUUAGAAGAUCUUGCAAAACAAUUAAAAACUAAAGGAAAACAAAAGGCCUGA